AUGGACCAAGACACGAGACCACUCGCCUCUCUCUCCCUCACCCACGUUUACUAUCUGCCCAAGGCUCGACUCUCGCCUUUGAAGAGGAACAACACUGACAGAAGAAUCCCGCAGGACCCCGAAGACCCCCUCUCCUUCCUCUGCGCAUGGCUCGCCCUCCUCCCGCAAGCCCUCUGCAUCGUCUACGCGACUCUGAUCUGGUCGACCCGCGAGGCCGAGAUAGCCCUCAUGUUCGCCGGCCAGCUCGGCUGCGAGGCCUUGAACUUUGCCCUCAAACGCCUGAUCAAGGAGGAGCGCCCACGCCGCAUCCACGGUAAGGGCUACGGCAUGCCGAGCUCUCAUGCCCAGUUCGUCGCCUACUGGUCCGUGUUCCUCGUCUUGUUCCUCAUGGUCAGACACCGCCCGUCGCCCGCGCGGAGGCAUCACCGGCCGUACUCCCUGAUCGAGCGUGUCGUCGUUAGUGGCGUGGCCCUCGUCAUCGCAGCCGCCGUUGCGUGGAGCCGGGUCUAUCUCGACUACCACACCGUGAGGCAAGUGUUGGUCGGGUGCCUGGCUGGAUCGAUCACAGCUGUUGGAUGGUUUCUGGUCACAGCCAUUGCCAGGGAUACGGGACUGCUGAGCUGGGGCUUGCAAUUGCCAAUUGCACGGGUAUUCCGAUUCAGGGACUUGGUGGUUGAAGAAGACCCGUGCCAGGCUGGGUGGGAUAAGUGGGAGGAGAGGCGGGUUGAGGCCGAAAAGCAGGCGGUUGAGGCCGAGAAGCAGAAGAAGAGGUGA